AUGCGGACGCCCGUGGUGAUGACGCUGGGCCUGGUGCUCGCGCCCUGCGGGCUGCUGCUCAACCUGACGGCCACGCUGGCGCCCGGCUGGCGGCGGGUGAAGGGCUUCCUCAACCAGCCGGUGGACGUGGAGCUGUACCAGGGCCUGUGGGACAUGUGCCGCGAGCAGAGCAGCCGCGAGCGCCAGUGCAACCAGCCGGACGUGUGGGGCUACUUCGAGGCCGAGCCCGUGCGCGUGGCGCGGGCACUCAUGGUCACGGCGCUGGCCACCACGGCCCUGGGGCUGCUGCUGGCGUCGCUCGGCGUGCGCUGCUGGCAGGAGGAGCCGCGCUUCCCGCUGGCCGGCCUCGCGGGCGUCGUGCUCUUCGCCGCCGGCCUCCUCAGCCUCGUGCCGGUCUCCUGGUACAACCACUUCUUGGCCGACCGCACCGUCCUGCCCGCCGACGCCAGCCCGGUCACGGUGCACGUCAGCUACAGCCUGGUGCUGGGCUACCUGGGCAGCUGCUUGCUGCUGCUGGGCGGCUGCUCGCUGGCGCUCAGCUUGGCGCCCUGGUGCGAGGGGCGCUGCCGCCGCCGCGGCCGCCGCAAGGAGCCCCCCGGCAGCCCGCGCCGCAGCAGCAUCAGCACGGUGCACGUCGACUGGCCCGAGCCCACGCUCCCGCCCGCCAUCAAGUACUACAGCGACGGCCAGCACCGGCCGCGGCCCGCCGAGCUCGGCGCCGCCCGCAAGCCCAAGGCCGGCUUCCCCAUGCCGCGGCCGCAGCCCCGCGCCUUCAGCAACCAGCUAGACGUGCUCCGCGGGGAGGACGCCCACUCCCCCGGCGACUCCUUGGGCAGCACCGGGUCCUGCCACGCCUCGCUGCCCUGCGACUCCGACCUGUAG